AAAAAUACUCAUUCAAUAUUUUCAUACUUUUCCCUUACUACUGAAGAGAAAACAUUAAAAUUUGAUUAUUUUUCCUUUAGAUGAUUUUGGACUCGUCCAAUAUUUUUCCCACGAGGCAGUGCGGUUGUUGGCGCUUGGAAGAGUGAGCCUCAGCAUAGCAGCACUGGAAGGUUGAUGGAAUGUCCCACCCCGACAAACUACAGCAGCAGCACAACACCUCAGCCGGCGAGAAGUGGAGAGUCAAGACUCUGGACGAAAUCUUAGAGGAGAAGCGCAGACGCAAGGAGCGACAGACCAUGGAGCAGGGGAGCAAGGGAGACCACUUGGGACAUCUUGAAGAAGGGGAGCUGGAAGACGAAUGGGCACACCACAGAACAGGAGACGAUGGUAGAGAUGCCUACAGGCACAUAGAAAAUGGUGAGCUUCAGGAGAAGAGAGGGAAGGAGGGAGUGACUGAAGGAGGUGGAAGUGACGAUGAACGGAUGGAGGAAGGACUUGACAUCAAACCUCCACAGCCCAAGAAAGACAGCAGGUCAUCGCAUCAUUCCCACAAGGACAGAAGGAAAGACAAACACCGGGACAGAUCCCAGCGCAGGAAACGUUCGCUGUCUAAAGAAGGUGCUGACUACGGUCCCGCUAGGCAGAAGCGACGCAGCAAGGAACCAGAACGGGCGGACCACAAGGAGCGCCGGCACGCACGGCCGGCAGACUUCGCAGCAAGGGGGCGAUCGCAGAAGCAGCCAUACAGGGAGCGCGAACGUCCGCGGGAAAGAACAGACGCACCGAGGGAACCAGAACCGUGGAGACGUGAUCGAGUCGCGCCUCGUCCGGAGAGGGAGCCACCGCGAGGUGACAGGCUGGCUCCUCGUUCCGACAGGGAGAGGGAGCGACCGCGGUCGAAGGAGGACUUGCGGAGGAAGGAGCGAAGGGAUGUGGCUCCCCCGCAGAGCAGUCGCAGCGGACAGAGUCGGAAACGGGAAGGCGAGCGAAGCCCCGCCAGACCACCACGUGAUGAACAGAACUCACGGGCACCACCGAAAUAUGAAUCACCAAAGGUAAAGGAGCAAGAUGAGCCACAAAGUGCAGAUGAGAGGGUGCAAACACCACCAAAGGAGGAGGAAGAAGAAGAGAGAGGGAUGGAGGGAGAGAGGGAGGAAGAGAGAAGUGAGAGUUCUGGGGAGGGGUCAUCAGGAGAGGAGUCAGGGUCAGAGGGCGAGGGGUCAGAGGGUGAAGGGUCAGAGGGUGAGGGGUCAGAAGAAGGAGAGGAAAGCGGGGAUGAGUCAGGAUCCAGCAGCUCUUCUUCGGAGGAUGAGGAUUCCGGGGAGGAAUCUGGCUCCGGGGACAACCAAGGCAGCGAGCAAUCCGGCAGCGAGCGAUCUGUGAGCCCAGAUCACCCCGAGAACAAAACCCACCACGUCCACGUCAAGUCCAAGUUCGACGAGGAAUCGGGAGGGAGCGAGGAAGAAGAGGACCAAUCGGAACCACCCUCUGAUAACGAGUACGUGGUGGCGGAUUCGCCUCCCGAGUCGCCGCCAGAGCUGAAACCCGAGGUUCCCCCGUACCUUCCAGCCGUCAUGGGCUGCCGUAAUGUGGAAGAGUUCUCCUGCCUCAACAGAAUAGAGGAGGGCACCUACGGGGUCGUGUACCGUGCCAAGGACAAGAAGACAGGAGAGAUCGUGGCCCUGAAACGGCUGAAAAUGGAGAAGGAAAAGGAAGGGUUCCCGAUCACCUCUCUUCGCGAGAUCAACACCCUUCUGAAAGCACAGCAUCCGAAUAUCGUGACGGUACGCGAAAUCGUGGUCGGCAGCAAUAUGGACAAGAUCUAUAUUGUGAUGGAUUACGUCGAGCACGACCUAAAGUCGCUUAUGGAGACGAUGAAGCAGCCGUUUCUCGUGGGAGAGACGAAGACGCUACUCAUCCAGCUGCUCCGCGCGGUCCAACAUCUCCAUGACAACUGGAUCCUCCAUCGAGACCUGAAGACCUCCAACCUCCUCCUCUCGCACAAGGGCAUCCUCAAGGUCGGCGAUUUUGGGCUAGCGCGGGAGUACGGCUCACCACUGAAACCGUACACGCCGAUCGUGGUCACCCUGUGGUACCGCGCUCCGGAACUCUUGCUCGGCGUGAAGGAAUACUCCACGCACAUCGACCUGUGGUCCGUUGGGUGCAUCUUUGCCGAGUUCCUCACCAUGAAACCCCUGUGGUCGGGCAAAUCGGAGAUCGACCAACUGAACAAGAUCUUCAAAGAUCUGGGUACCCCCAGUGAGAGAAUCUGGCCCGGGUAUAACGAACUCCCUGCUGUGAAGAAGUGUACCUUUGCCGAGUAUCCCUACAACAACCUUCGCAGUCGGUUUGGCGCGUACCUCUCGGAUCUAGGCUUUGAACUCCUCAAUAAGUUCCUUACGUACUGUCCUUCGAAGAGGAUCACAGCAGAAGACGCGCUGAAGCACGAGUUUUUCCGCGAGUCUCCACAGCCGGUGGACCCGAGCAUGUUUCCCACGUGGCCGGCGAAGAGCGAACAGACCACGACGCGGGUCAAGAGGGGAAGCAGCCCACGGCCGCCAGAGGGAGGGUUGGGUUAUGCCCAACAGUUGGCAGAAGAUGGGGACAUUGAGCCUGGGCUGGGUUUCCACUUUAACACCUCCCAGCAAGGGGUGUCGGCCAAGGGAGCCGGCUUCAACCUGAAGUUCUAAUUGAUAGUUCAUGAAAGAACAGAAGACUGAAAAGCCAACUGUGCAAACCCCCAAAUCAAGUUCUCACUUGUGUAUCGCCUUUCGCGAAGAUGUAUUGGAAUUUUCCGACAUAUUAGAGGGAAUUGACGAGUUACAUGUACUAGUAGCAGGAGUGUCCAAGAUACAUUCAAUGUAAGAAAAGUUGACAUCUGUAAAACAAGUGAGAACUCGACUUUUGGGGAUAUCCAACAUAGUAUGGUCGGAUUUUCAAUUUUAAGUUUUGCUCAAGAUAUGGAAGAACACUGGAUAAUUAAAAAUAUGUAUAUAGUCUGAAAAAAAAGAAAGGUAGUGUAGGGGAAUCAGUCUCGUUCAAGUGACGUCCUCUGGAAGAAGUUGAAAUGUAGCUACAUGUGUAGGCUUCAAACAUUUUGCUCUCAACAUUUUGAAGACAGCUUUUCACAUUUUGAAUGACAUUGAGAACAAGUUUGUCUACAAAGUAUUACCACUUCAAUAACAAGAACAUAUACCUAUAGGAGACCAAAUGAACUAACCAUACACUGUUAUUCACUAUGUAAAAAUCAUUAUCAUGUAUCAGAAACUUGGCAACCAUAGUAUAUGUAUGUGUGUUAAGGUUUCGUCAAAUAAGCAAAAUAGCCAAAGGAUGUAAAAGAAAAUGUCUUAAAAACUAAAUCUCUCUUUUUAUGUGAGGAAAUUUAAAAGUGUGUAGUUUCAGUUUCAUACCGACAGUUUUGAGGCCUCCUAAGGAGCAACAGAUAUACAUGUAUCCAUUGAGAUAUGUUUGAAAGUGUACAUAUAGCAACUUGUUAAACAUAGCGGUUGAACAUACUAUGGAAAUAAAUGAAGUACUUAAUGCAGUGAA